AUGUUUCACCAAGGGCACAUAAAAGAAUUGAUGAGCGAUCAAGGAAGGGCCAACUUCGCACAUGGGCAAGAACAAUAUCAGGGGCCGCCCAAACCACCUUCCCUAGUUCGGACCAUUCAAAUGAUCAUCGGGGAAGGUGACAAUACAUCUAUCAACAACGUGAAGUUCACCACCACUCACAAGCUCAAGCGGUCAAUCACCCACGAAUGGUAUGACAAACUCGGAGAAAGUAUCAUCUUCGAUAAGUCGGAUACCCAUGGUUUGGUCUUUCCUCACUACGAUGCCCUUGUCAUUACCUUACGUGUUUUUGAUACCGAUGUAAGACAUAUCAUGGUAGAUGAUGGAAGUGGAGCGUGCAUCAUCCAUCCUCGAGUUCUCAACCAAAUGAAGCUCGAGGACAGAAUAGUGCCAUGUUGCAUCACGCUAACAGGUUUUAUCAAUGCAAUUGAGCAGACAUCUGGAGAAAUCACGCUGCAUGUCCUGGCCGACGGCGUCACCUUGAAGACCACGUUCCACAUCAUGGACCAGGAUACGACGUACAAUGCCAUCAUAGGCCGACCAUGGAUACACGGCAUGAAAGUCAUCCCUUCUAGUUUAUACAUAUUCAUUAAAUUUCCCAUCCCCUGGGGAGUAUUCAGCAUCCGGGGAGAGCAACGCACAACCCGAGAAUACUACCACAUCGCCCAAGAUUGCACAUACACCCAACAGUUGAAAGAAAAAGCCAAGGAAGUAUAG